UUUUUUUAUUAAAACGAGAGGAUCAAAAAGUAAUGUAAGUGUGAUAAAUAUUCAAAACUGAUAUUCAAUUACUUAGUAGACCGAUUUAUUUUAAUAUAAAUAACAUGGAUGUUGAAGUAUCUAUAGCUGAGCGCUUGCAGAAAUUAAAACAAUGGCAAAUAGAACAACAGGACAAAUUAUUGAAGCAACAACAAGUACAAAGGGAGAUUUUAAGUAAUGAGCAAGAUCGUAUUUACAAAGUACUUGGUUUGCCAACACACUUUGAUAUUAUUGAAAAUACGGAGGACAUGUGUGUUACACAGGAGAAUGAAAUGAAUGUAAAGGAAACAAUGUCCGAUAAAGCUUCAAUGCUUCAAUACAGUGCGAAAAAUUUAAAUGGCAUAUUAAAAACGAUCGAUAAAAGAAUAUCAACAAAUGUUCCAACAUAUAAAAAUUGUAAUCAGGAGCAAACUAACGAUUCUGAUUGCAUUUCUACAAUUGUCGAUAAAAGCAAAAAUUUUGUGAGAGAUUACGAUUCUGAAUUAAGUGAUUCAUUUUUUUUAAUAGAAGGUAUAAAGCCGCUCUCAUUGAAUGAUGGUUCAAAUUGUGUCUCAGUUUUUGAUGAUGUACCUCUUCCUUCACCAAAAAGAGAUUUUCAAACAAUAUUAGAAGAAAAAUUACAGAAAGAAUCGGAAAUUAUGUCAAAUGCACACAUGGAUACAAAGAUCAAGUCAAAGAAACCAUUUCUAAAGAAAGGUCAAGGACUGUCAAGAUUUAAAAUGUCUGCAAAUCUACAUUCCCCACUUGCAGUUACAAAAAAGUAUAAUAAGCCUUUAUCUCCUAAUAUACAACAUACUGAUAGAAGUGAUAAGUGCAAGAGCUCUGUUGCACGUAGACAUGUAUCUCCAAAAAUUUUGGAUAAUGUUCCUGUUGUAAAUAGAAAGCAACAGUUAAGCUUGAAAACUGUUCCAUUACCGAAAAAGAAGAUUUUUAAUAAGUCUAUUACUUCUGCUAAUCAAGUCGCACAUAACAUUACUCCUAACGUAUCAAAACAUAUAUCAGAAAUGAAUAUAUCAGAUUGUGAUUCAAAAGCAGAGAAAGAAUUAGAGGAGGUAAGAAUAUUUGAACUCUUGGAAGAAAAGGCAGAAAAUUCUAGUUUUUGUUCAACAUCGAGCACUGUGCUUGCAUUUUUGCAGCAGUCUACACCAUUUAAAGUAAAGAAUAAAUUAAGUCAAACAAGCGGAAACAGUGUUGCAAGUAAAAAACAGCAAAGUAAACAAAUAAGUGAUAUGGUCGAGCCAGGGAAUGAACAAGUUGCACACGCUGGAAAUUUAAAAUCAAAUGUACAGUGCCAGGUUGAACAAUUUGAAUUUCAUAAACAUGCUCAUACUAAUGCUGCCACUACCAAUUCUUAUGAGGAUAUUACUACUAUUGAUAAUAUGUCAGAAAGGACACAUAAUUGUUUUAUGCUUACUAAUCAAAUAUUGCAAAGCAAUGAAGCAUACACAAACUGUCUAGAAAAUCAUGAUACACCUACUACCACAGUAUUGUCGAAUAGUGAAGAAGAGAAGGACAUUUCUACGAGAAAUGAAUGUAAAUUAAUGUAUGAAAGUGAAGCGGAUGUCAGUCAUCAUGUUAGAUUUUCAGAAUAUAAUGAAUAUAAAACCAUAGAUUCAACUGAUGCAUCUGAUACAGCAAGUGAUUCUCCUUUAAACAUUUAUCUCAAACAACAGGAUUGGAAUGAUCAUUCUACUGACACAUUAGAAGAAUCAUUUGAUGCCACGAAGAACCUGCCAUUUAAUUAUAAGGAACAAAUUCAUAAUUCCUCUUCAAACAUUAUCAGCAAUAAAAAAACGGUUGAUACUCCAAGACAAUUGUUUUUGCAGCAAGACGUGACAGGACAUAACAAAAAAGAUUCCUAUAAUCAUUUAAUAAAAACUAUACAUGUUCUCGAAGAAGAAAAUGCUUCAAAUCAUAAUGACGAAUUGUCCAACGAAGAUACAUGCUAUAAUAAUGAAUGUACUCCAAUUGAAGUGGAAAUAUCUGACGAAGAACGAUCUGUUUUGUCAUCGCUGUUAUCGUCGUCCUCAUCGUCAUUAUUAUCAGAUACUCAAGAGUUACAUGCAUAUAAAAGGAAAGAAUAUAUGUUGAAAAACAAGCCGGAAAAAAUAACGGAGAAGAUAGCGAAAAUAUGUUCGAACGUGAAUGAAGUUGAUUGUUAUUCAUCCGAGGAACGGAUUAAUCAAAUGAAUACUUUCGAAACGGAACUUUUAAAAAACCGUUUAUUAGAACUCGAAAAAGAAAUAAACAUAUUUCGAAAGGAAAGUUCAGCAUUGUUGUUUCAACGCCGAAAAUUACAAGAAGACGAAAUAAUUCUAUGUAAACAGUACGCAGAGAAAGAAAAGAAUUUGGAAGAAAAUAGAAGAAGAGUAGAGAACCAAUUACAAGAGGAGAAAAAGAGAAUAAUGCGUGAGAAGAUAGCAAUGGAAAAUAGAAUUCGCGAUGCUCAGGAAAAGGCGAAGCAAAAUAAAAUGGAAAGACAAAAAGCGCAAAAUUUGCAGGAGCAGGUAGAACAAUUGAAGGAUGAGCUAAAUGUCAAAGAAAGUAGAUGGAAUGCUGCUGAAUCAAGGUACAAAAGCGAGCUUCGUGUAUUACGAGUAGAGAUAUCAAAGUUGAAACAAGAAAUUGCAAAUCUACAAAAUAUUAAAAGAACAAACGUUAGAAAUCAUAGGAAAAACACAGGGCAAGUAAUUAACAAAGCCAUCAAUCAAAUUAACAAACGCGUUACAAUACCGUCUAACGAGAUUUCAAUGAAGACGUGUCACGAUUUAUCGAAUAUUUCAUCAGAUACUUCUGACAAUGAUGAUGAAGAUGAAAACAAAACUAAAAUAAAUGGGUUUGGACAAAUAGAAAGUGAUGCACUUACAAACAAAGAAAAAUAUAAACAAAUUAAGAUUAAAUCGCAGCUUAAAUGCAAUCAAAAAUUCAUGGAAGAAAACAUUGCGGAAAAGAAACGAUAUUUAUAUGAAAAUUUAUUAAAAGACGCAACAUCGGAUUUGAUAGAACAAAAUCAAUUUCAUACAAACCAGAAUGUAUUGAGUGAUAGCCAGCUAAUAGUUACACAAAUACAGAAUUUAAGUACAAAAAACAAUGAUAAAUCGUGUUCCAGUUCUACAAAUAAAGACCUUGGACAUACAACAGCUGAUGUUGCAAAUGAUACAGAAUAUUGUAUUAAUAAAUCACGUGAAUUAAAUCAGAAUUCAGAUGAAAAUGACGUAAGAAUAGAAAAAGAAAAAAGGAAAGAUCGAACAUUGUCGCUUGAGAAGAGUUUAAGUUCUACAUUGCAUCCUUCUGUUUCCGAGAAUCAGAUUAGUAAGACAAGUAUGGACGCUGUAAAACAGAUUCAGUUUGCUGAUGGACGCAUAGAAUAUUGGUAUCCAAAUGGUAACGUUAAAAAGAUUUUUCCCGACCAAGAAGUUACAAAAAUGAUCUAUUACAAUGGAGAUGUUCGUGAAACUGACAAAACUAAGGGAGUAAAGUAUUUUUAUGCCACAACUCGAACAUGGCAUACAACAACUUCCGAUGGCUUAGAGAUUUUAGAAUUUCCCGAUGGUCAAGUGGAAAAGCGUAUGACCGAUGGUACUGUCGAAGUGUUAUUUCCAGACGGAACAGUAGUGCAAACUUUUAUUAAUGGCGACAAGAUUUUAAUUUUACCAAAUGGACAAAAAGAAAUUCAUACAAAAGAACAUAAGAGACGAGAAUAUCCUGAUGGUACUAUAAAGCUAGUUUAUGCGGAUGGUACCCAAGAAACACAUUAUUCUAGCGGAAGAAAACGGUUAAAAGAUAAAGAUGGUAAUCUUUUGAUGGAUUCGUACGAUGUAUAAAUUUUUUCCAUC